CAGCUCCGCCAGUUUUACACAAACAGGCGAGCAGCAGGAGGCCGCAGCCCGAAAUAUAUUCAGACGCAGGAAAACACUCUGACAACAAAAACAGGAAAUAUUAACACACAGAAAGAGGAGAGUCUGAGUCAGGAGACAGGCUCAGCUGCAGUGGAACUGAGUACAUUUACUCAAGUAUUUCAGCACACAUUCAAGGACCCCAAACCGUCCUCCGUCCAGCCUGCGAGGGGUCCAGCAGCCGGAGGGACCGUGAUCACCAUCAGAGGACAGGACCUGGACACCGCCUCCAAGGACGAUGUCUCCGUCAGGGUGGGCACCGUCCCCUGUGAAGUGAUGGAGUUCGGCUCUCAGAUCACCUGUAAGACCGGCAAGUACCCGGGACAGAAGGUCCCCUCUGACCCGUUAACGGUGAGGGUGAGUUACGGCAGAAACACCACCAAGGACGUCCUGGCUGCGUACCAAUACUCUGAGAACCCCAAAAUCACAGAUUAUUACCCCAGAGACAGCUUCCAGUGGUGAGUCAGCUGUUUUUAUAUUUCAGAGAAGUAAAACACUGAAAUUAAAAUACUAAAAUCAUUUUCUAAAUCUACU